AUCUGCUUCCCCACGCAACAGCAGCUUGUACUAAAAUCACAUCUCACACACUCCGAGGACGAUAGAAGAAGAAUGGCUCUUAUCAUCAGCUCAUCAUGUUUUUUUCUUAUUCUUGUUUCAGUUUCGAGUAUUUAUGUUCAUGCCUACAAGAACCACACAGUGGGCGACUCCUUGGGUUGGUACGAUAACCUCCAAAAGCCCGAUCUUAAUUACCAGAAAUGGGCUGCAGCCAACAACUUCAGUUUGGGAGAUUUUCUCAUUUUCAAUACUGAUACGAACCACUCGGUCAUCCAAACCUAUAACGUCACUACGUACAAGCUGUGCGAUUACAACAAUGCCGUGGAGAAUGAUACAAUCCAAUGGUCGGACGCGGAGCCGUCAAACACCGUCCCACAUGAUGUUUCGGUGGCGGUUCCUUUGUUGAAAGAGGGCAUCACAUAUUUCUUUUCCGGUGAUUAUGAUGGCGAACAGUGCAAGAAUGGGCAGCACUUCAAGAUAAAUGUGACUCACGGACAAGGCUUGCCAAAGACUUUAGACAAUUCGGCGGCAGGACCAGCAAGCAGUCCACAAUCUGGCAAUGGUGAUGAUGAAUCAAUCCCGGACACAAUCGUCCCUAAUGCCAACUUCAAUGAUCCCAAACCAGAUGACAAUGAUGAUAUAAAGCCAUCUGGAGCCGUUUCAUUUUCAGUUCCUCAUGUACAAGGCAAUCUGAUUUUCAUUUUGCUCGGUCUUGUCUACUUGUUAUGGUCAUGAUUUAUCUACUCUUUCUUUCCAUUUUCGUCUUC